UCUAUACUCAACGUCGGAAACACGUGAUAGCGCGUCGUCGGAGGGCUUUGCAGGGGCGUCCAACAGCUCCGACGCGACUCCAAAGGCUUCCAGGCCAAACGGAUCUUCUUAUGGAUUAUUAUGGCUGAGGCAACUACGGCAGUCAGUCAUGAGGCCCCAAUAACCGCGAAUGGGACGCUUUUCCGAGGAAAGCACUUCUGGCUCUCACACAAUGUUCCCCAAAGAAACAGGUUCAAAGAACUUAUCGAGCAACACGGAGGUCACAUAAGGCUAUUCGAGAAAGAUGCAGAAAUUAAAAUCGUCGAUCACAAACGGAGGAAUCUCCCGCCGGACACAUACUCCUUCAAGUUCAUCGAAGACUCCAUUCGCAAAGGGCGGAUGCAGAAUCUAGAGCCUUACAGAGCCGGGCCAUCAGAAGCUCGACCAGUUGGCGCUUCAUACAUUCCUACGCGAAAUCACAAAGUGCCCUACACUGUCGCGGAUGACCAGUUUCUAUGGGACUGGAUGCAGAAGUAUGAGCGAGACUCAACAGCCUCUAUCUCGGGGAAUAAGAUCUACCAAGAACUCGCAGCGAAGAAUCCCAGACAUACGUUUCAAUCAUGGCGUGACCGCUAUUUAAAGAGGCUACGUGGUCGUCCGCGUCCGGGGGGUAUGCCCAAGGGCUCUGCUUUUGAAGAAAGGCCUUCGCAGGAGGUUGCUCCUGCACAGGUGACGGCCCCUACAGCGCAAUCUCAGCCGCCAGCAAUUCUCGCACCGGAGCAUGAGACUGUGCCCUCUUCGAGCAAACCAGCCGACAAGAAGAGAAAACGUGUAUCGGAGACUGGCGACGAAUCGGAUCAACCUGGCCCAGUGCAUCGUUCAGCUCCCAAAAAGAGAACCGCUGAGCCCGUGCCAGAACGUGUAGAAGCUGCACCUGCACGCCGCCGGCACAAAGGGAAGGAGCCUGUGAGGCCUCCACAACCCCCCGAUCCAAAGGCAUCGAUUGGUGGGGAGAAGCUUCCCUCAACUACGAACGAAGUCGAGCAACAAUCCAUUCCGGAACAGUCCGGGACUGGCACCGAUAAGCCACAAAAUGGCGCUGACCCCGUCCUAAAUACCCCCGAGAUAGAUUCUCUAUUCCUUCAGCUUCCUUUCUUACCUUCAAGUCCUGAGCCUGGACCCGUUCCCCACCCUCAGCCAGAGAUCCCGGAGCAGGAUAUUGACACUUGGAUUGACCGCCGCCUUCGAAAUGGCAGAGCGACGGAGGCACAGAUCAUCGAGGCCCUACGCUGCACAAGUAUGGACCCAGACUUGGCAGACAAGGUACUCGAGUUCAUGGUGGCCGGAAAGGACAUUCCAGACGAUAUUCCGGGGGUCUGGACCUCUGGAGAUGACAGGUGUGUGGAAGGAAAAGAGACUCGAGGGAUCCAGCGGGUCCUAGAGAAACAUGGUGCGGAAGCUUUCGAUGCUAGGUGGGAAUAUCUCAGCAUGGCAAGGGCUGCUGGUCUUGAGACGGAAACCAUCGAAUGACAAGUCCACCGCAAACUGGAAAUUUGACAAUGUGCAACUAGAAUACAGGGAAACGCUAGGCGAUCAAAUGAGAAACAAAACUCAGAGAAAGACCCGGGAAUAUAACGAAGAUGGC